GCAAUAGGGAGGGAUGAGAUGGAGGUAAGGGAGGUGGGGCACAAUGGGAAAGAGGGGUGACUGUUCAGUGAUGCUGCCAGAUCCCGUGACUUUGUCUGUCUGGGGCCCGGCUCUUCUACCGGCUUGAGAUUUUGGGUGUUCUCUGGCUUGGUUCCCUAUUAUCCACCCCCAGGUGCUUCCUGUGUUUGAAACUGUUUCAGAAACAAAUACCCCAUUCUGAGAGAUGCCUUCUUCUGAGCCAGAUGCUCACUUUCCAAACCCACCCUUCUCUUCAGACACUCCUACCUUUUAAUCAUCAGCAGAUGAGAACACCACCUGUGCCCCUCUAAGCUUCAGUGUUUUUGGCCUAGUGAGUAAGUAGAGCCUCGGCCGUGCUUUUCAGAUUGUUCGAUGGUCUGCUUUGGCCGCAGAACUACCAGAAGUGGGUGGUGGUCCUCGGGAGCUUCCCAUCAUUCACUGGGAAGAUGCCCCAACCCAGAGGAGAGGGAGUUAGGAUAGCAUGCGGCACUGCAUUCGGAACCUGCAGGCACCCCACGGCCGCAUCGUGUCUUGGGACGUGGGACAGCUGCUCUUUGGGGAGGAAGGUUGCCUGUAAUACACCUCCCUGAAUCCGGUGGUCCUUCUCUGCUCUGCCGCUUGAAAUGGGGUCAGGGGUCCCCUCUGAGGCCUAACCUUUUCUGGUCUUCCCUUUGCUCUUAACCUGGAGUUAGGGCCUGGCUUGUUGGUUGUCAUUUGAUGCUGGCAGAAACACAAAGUUCACAUACACUCUUCAGGAUCCUUGCAGAAUCCCCCCUUUCCCACCUAGAUGUCUCAGGCGUCUCACUUCUUUCUUAUUCCUGUAGCUCUUUACUAAGGCCCGUGGCCUCAGUGAUUCCUCCUCAAGGGAGGUCGGGAAGGCAUUCUUCUAGUGGAGUAGGUCUUGUCUUGUGAGAGGCGGCCAGUAUGUGACACUUCCCUCAGCUGCUGUCUGUGGGAAGGCCUCAUGGGGAAAGUCCUCUUCAGCUUUCCCUUAACACUGUCUACCUCUGCUGUCCUCACCCUUCCAUCAGACUCCUCCCCUUCCAGUGGCCUGUGCCUGCUCCGUGCUUGGGGAUCCCUGGAGCUCGGAGCUGAGAAGCGUCAGCCGAGGGCUCCUGGGCUUAGACCUUAACUAAGCUGAGAAUGCCAGGGCUGAGUGUGGCAAGGGUGACCAGGCCUGGAUGGGGCCGGGCAGGGAGACGCUGAGCUCCGGAAAUCUGGAUUGGAGAGUUGGGGCUGAGUCAGAGAGGGAGCUGCCUGGCCCAGCUCUCUCUCUCUCUCUCUCUCUUUCUGUUCUCCCAGUGCAUCCAAGUCUUCUGUCAGAGCCUUCUGCUGAGCUGAACAGUUACUAAUAAUAACUUUACUCUAUCACUGCUGGCAACCCAGCAACCGAGAGUGAGAGUGUGUGUGUGUGUGUGUGUGUGUGUGUGUGUGUGUAAGAGACAGAGAGAGUGGAAAAGAGAGAGGGCAUCUAACUUCCAGGGCUGUCGGUUGGCUGAAGAUAUCACCCAGACACACAGAGAUCCACGCACAUGCACACGCCCACACGCGCACGGCUGUGCUCACGUACUCACUCACACCCACUCAUGUGGAGGGUGAGUCACAGACAGGCUCAUCUUCCAGGAAUCCUCUGCAGGCAGACUUGCCGUUCCUCCCCCUGUGAGUGGAGAGGGAGGAGGGGCCCCGGCCCGAUCGCUAUCCCUGUCGGGUUAGGUCCCUGUUUGUUGGUGGAGAGACAGAUGGAUGCUGAUUCUUGGGCCGGUGCCUCCUUCCUAGUGCCAGUGCACUUGGGGGUGCCAGGGGGCUUCUUGGUUAAGUGGUGAGAUAAGGUGUUGGCAGAGGACUCUUGGGUGUGCUGCCCGGGCGUUUGGGGGUGGGGGGAUCACGAUGAGCCGGUCGUGUUUCUCACUCAGAACUUUUCCUUUGGGGAUCCUUCUUCCUUGCCAGCAGGCCUCCCUUGUGCAGGGGCCAGGAUGAGCGGGCUUUUAAAGAGAAAGUUUGACCAGCUGGAUGAUGACACCUCCACCUCGUCGUCCUUCUCGCGCUCUUGCUCGCCGACUUCGUCCUCCGAAUCCUCAGGCUGGGACUCUGACGAGGAGUUCCACCCAGCUGCCUUCAUGCCCAGGGACCUCAUCGCUCCAUCCAUCCUCAAGAAGGCCCGGCGCUCCGCGGCGGGGAACGUGACCUUUGCUGGGGUCACCGUCUUCUACUUCCCAAGAUGCCAGGGCUUCACCAGCGUGCCCAGCCGAGGGGGCUGCACCCUGGGCAUGGUGAGGCGGCACCACACCUGCUGCAACUUCACGCUGGAAGAGUUUGCGCAGGAGCAGGCCCGCUCACGGAAAGAGAAGCUCCGCGUGAGACUGAGGGAGGAGAAGCUGGAGGCCCUGAAAUGGAAGCUCAAGGCCAGUGGGACGCCGGAGCCAGAGGAGACGCACCAGCUGCCCGUGGAGGAGGCCGACGUGGAGGUGACCGACGAGGAGCUGGACGGCGGUGCCUUCCUGCAGCCCUACUCUGCCCGGCAGCGGCGCAGACUGCUGCGGGCCAUGGGCGUGAGGCGCAUUGACCGCGAGGAGAAGCAGGAGCUACAGGCCAUCCGGCUGUCUCGAGAGGACUGUGGCUGCAAGUGCCAGGAUGUGUGUGACCCCGAGACCUGCAGCUGUAGUGUGACUGGGAUCAAGUGCCAGAUGGACCACACGUCCUUCCCCUGUGGUUGUAGCAAGGAUGGCUGUGGGAACCCGGAGGGCAGGGUGGAGUUUAACCAGGCCCGGGUGCAGACGCACUCCCUCCACACCCUCACCAGGCUGGAACUCGAGAGCCGACAGGAGAGCUCGGGGUCCGAGGCUGAGUCGCUGCAGGACGGUUCUGCCGCUGCUGCCUUUGCCUGCUUGGGGGACGAGGCUGGGCCCCUGGGGCCUCCCCCGCCAACCCCGACUUUUCCGUUCCCUCUGGGCAUGGAGAUUCUGGGGGACAGCAGCUGCAGCAGCGACAUGACCGACGCCUCGGCGUCCUCAGUCCCCAGCGAGGCCCCCUCUGAGGGGAGGCCCUACGGAGGAGCCGUGCCCUCCGACAAGCUGCCGGCUGACCUGGAUGAUGACGGCCUGGCCCGGAUCCUGCAUUUCAGUGAUUCCAACGUCCUGGGGGAGGACGACGAGGAGGAGGGGGUGCGGUCAGGGGGCGUCCCCCCUGGCAUCGCCCAUUGCCAGGAUGACCUCGGCAGCUUCCCCUCCGUGGACCUCUUUGGCGCGGCGGCCGACGGCUACCCCGGCCACAUGGCCAGCAUCGUCUCUGACUGCCUGGAUGAGAACGCCAACCAGGAUGCCCUCUGCUACCUGGACGGCCUUCCUACCCAGUCGGCCGCGGGCGCCGGCUCCAGCUGUCCCCUCCCUCCCUCCACGGACAGCUGUAAGAGCUACACAGACCUGAGCCUGUCCUCUUCCGAUUCCCUGGAUCUUUUCCAGUCCUUCUCCGACUACAGCCUGGGCCCCCUCUACCCCUUGCCCAAGGACUCGGAGAAUGGGGACAACCUGUCUGUGCCGCAGCCCGCCUUCUCCCCCGCCAGCGACCCCACCGCCUGCUUCCUGGAGUCCCUCAUUGGCCUCUCAGAAUCGGUCCCGGAGAUGCCCGCCCCCUUCUCGGACAACCAGCUGCUGGAGGAUGCCAUUAAGUCAUCCCUCAUGGAAAUGGUGAAGGUCUAGGAGGGACCGGCAGGAGGGACGGUGUCGUCACUCAGGGACUAGUGGAGUUCUGGUGGAGCUGAGCCAGCCGUGCGUCUGUAGCUCGGGUGAAUGGUCUGCACCUGCGUCCCUGCGGGCUGUUGGUGUGCUCCUUCGAGGCCAAUGAGGCACACCUCUUACCUAUUUAUUGCAAACUGAAGGGACGGGAGUGGUCACUGGAGCCUAAAAUAAUAUAAGUCUUAUUUAAACUGAUCGUACGUACCUCAGAUGUAUUAGGUGGACAGGUCAGUCCCAUUAUUUUUUUAUUAUAAUACAUCUGUAUUUAUUAUUUUUUUCUUACGCUCUGUACAGAGGAGAGCAUUGGAGGUUUUGGGCGUGAACUGAAAGGUACAGCGGGAGGACCCCAACUGCUAAGAGCCCCUUGUCUGAGACGCUGCGCCUCCUCAGUCCCCUCCAUCCAGUGAUUUUUAGACAAGAAAAGGCCUUUGAUUUCGUUCAACACUUUGUCCACUUUGCUGCCCACGUUCUUAAAAUGGAGACUCCGAAACCCACUGGGGUUGAAUCAGGUUCUUUAGCCAGAUCGCCUAGCCACCUUGCCUUCAUCAGGGCCGUCAUUAUCAUCAUGGGGGCCCUUGGAAGGUCAUGGGCGCCGUGUAGGGUCUGCACGCACACAGGAUGACUGAAGGGCCCGCGCCUCCUUUGGAAACUGUGUAAAGUUGUACAAAGCCUCUGUAAGUUAUUUCCUGUAAUUUAUUUAGAAAUUGAUGAGGAUUUGGCCCCGAGCUCUGAGGUGAUCAGCUUGCCUGGGGCUUGCCGGUGUCCAUCUGUCCUGCCAUCUGCUGUCAGGAGCUGAGUCAGCCCGGAGAAUCCAGAAUCUGGAGGAGCUGCUUGUGCCGGGGACGGGGGCCCUCUGGGUUCCUGGGGGGCUGUGCUGCUCAGCCAUGGCGGGCGGUCUGUGUGUCCACGUUUCAUGUACGUGCUUGUAUGUUCUGAUCCGGAUCAGCCUUGAAAGGAAACAAGUCUGGACUCUCUCUCUGCCCCCCAAAUCCCUACUCCAACCGAGAAGAAGAAGUCAUUGCUGAGUUAGCUAUAGGAGACCCUCUCCAGAGAUCAUCCCCAUUGGACUGGUUUCCUUCCCAUUGAGCCCCCUGAGUCCUGUGUUCGAACAUCCUUUUCUCUGUUCUUCCUUGGCCCACCUGUGAUGUGACAAGGGGGCAGAGAAAGAAGGGGAGUCUAGGGGGUCUGCUUUGUGGAAAAGGGACUGACUCGUGCAUGGAUCAGCUAGCCUAGGUUGGUGACUGACCCGGCCUUCCCCAGCUAGCCCUUACACUCCACCCCACCCUGGUAGAUCUUAUGUGAUUUUCAAAAUGUAAAGUAAACAUUUUCCAGGCUGUAGCUCAUUUUUUCUGUUUGCCAAAAAUCAAUGUUUCCUUCCUUGGUUGGGUGCUCAGCAAUAGAUGGAAUGGGGAGUGCUCUGACUCUCCGUAGCCCAGAGGGGUUCUUGGGAAUCAGGAUCACUUGGGUUCAGCUAUCCCCUGUAUAUAUAUAUAUAUAUGUCAUGAUUAUUUUGCUUAAAGGUACAAGUAAAGAAAAUGCUUUAUUUUUAACAA